AUGGGCACCUACGUGAAUGGUGUUAUUUAUUGGAUUUCAUCCAAGAAUGUUGUGGCGUUUGACUUGGCUGAUGAGGAGUUUCGAUUGCUAACUGCUCCUUCUUGUAUGCAAGACAUUCAGCAGAAACAUAGAUAUGGACUUGUAGCAUUGGGAAGGCAUUUGUGCCUUUAUAUGGAUAAAUCACGUCUGGAGAUCUGGUCCUUGAUGAGAAGUAGCAACUCCAAGGAGACCUGGUGUAUGGAGUUCAAUAUAGAUUACGAAUCCGUGGUAGGUUCUUUUUCUCGUGAUAGGUUCUUUCAGCCGGUUUUACUUACAAAAGGUGGAGAAAUCAUAUUCUUAUAUGAUAAAUCGGUGCUUUAUUGGUAUGACACGAGAACAACACUUUUACGGAUGAUUUCCGACGAAGCAGCAACCAAUUAUUUCAGAAAUGUCGAAGUAAUUGCUCACACGAGUACUUUUGCAUCAUUGGAAGCUAUGGGAGAAAAUUCAAAGAGAUACACGCUUCGCCCGCGUCGGGUUCGUACUCCCUGGGAUGCUGGUAUUGAUGAGUUAGACCGAGUUGCUCUCGGUGAGGAAAUUGAUACGACACGUUUUAGACUCAGGUGA